UACGGACGGGGGUAUCCCGGCGAACUCGGGCAACUUCAGCCGAGCCAGAAGGCGAUUCCUCUGCCUUCCUCACUUUGGCCCGAGUCGUGCCGCUGCUUAGAGGGAGCUGGGCGCUGGCGGGCGUGGAGCGGGGGCGCCUUUGCGUUCCCGGCUCAGAAAUCGCCCCGGGGGCGGUCGCGCGCUCCGCCUCCGGACGCGGCGGUCCCCUGGCUGGUCUGUGGUGUAGCUCGCCGGCCGAGGCCCCGGUGCCCGGAUGUCCAUCGGGAUUAGCGCGAGCCCAUACGGCCCGCGCCCGGGGCUGCGCCGAGGAGGUCCGGGGCUGGGAGCAGGUAGCCCCGCAACCCCGCCGAGUCGCUCUGGGGAGCCGUCCCCGCCCGGCCCCGGCAGAUGGUGAGCGCAGCGCUGGCGGCAGGACCCGCGGGGUGAAGGCUCUAAUGGACGGGAGACGUUGGGCUCUAUAAACUGAAUUAUGGCAGCCCAGUCCAGUUUGUACAAUGACGACAGAAACCUGCUUCGAAUUAGAGAGAAGGAAAGACGCAACCAGGAGGCUCACCCAGAGAGAGAGGCGUUUCCUGAAAAGAUUCCCCUUUUUGGAGAGCCCUACAAGACAGCAAAAGGUGAUGAGCUGUCUAGUCGGAUACAGAACAUGUUGGGAAACUAUGAAGAAGUGAAAGAGUUCCUUAGUACCAAGUCCCACACUCAUCGCUUGGAUACUUCUGAAAGUAGGUUGGGAAAGCCGAAAUACCCUUUAAUUCCUGACAAGGGGAGCAGCCUUCCAUCUGACUCCUUCCACGCUGGUGUCCACCACCAGUCCAUUCACACUCCUGCCUCUGGACCAGCUCCUGUCAGUAACAUGAGCCGCAACCCAAAGAUGGCACACCAGAGAAUGGAGCCAGCACCUGUUCUCCACACCAAAAACUACGGCCCGCUGGACAGUCAGCACUUGACUCAAGAUCGCCUUGGCCAGGAGGGGUACAGUUCUAGUCAUCACAAAAAGGGUGACCGCAGAGCUGAUGGAGACCAUUGUGCUUCAGUGACAGACUUGGCUCCAGAGAGGGAGCUUUCACCCUUAAUCUCUUUGCCUUCCCCAAUUCCCCCUUUGUCACCUGUACAUUCCAACCAGCACACUCUUUCCAGAAUGCAAGGAAGCAGCAAGGUUCACAGCAGUAGCAAUAGUAAAGGCUACUGCCCAGCCAAAUCUCCCAAGGACCCAGCAGUGAAGGUCCGUGAUAAAGAGACCCCUCAAGACAGUUUGGUGGCAGUUGCCAGCCUUGGGACAGCCCCUCCCCAGCCGCCUUCUCAGACAUUUCCACCUCCCUCCCUCCCCUCAAAAAGUGUUGUGAUGCAGCAGAAGCCCACGGCUUAUGUCCGGCCCAUGGAUGGCCAAGACCAGGCUCCUAGUGAGUCUCCUGAGCUGAAGCCACUGCCGGGAGACUACCGACAGCAGAACUUUGAAAAAACAGACUUGAAAGUGCCUGCCAAAGCCAAGCUCACCAAACUGAAGAUGCCUUCCCAGCCAGUUGAGCAGACCUACUCCAAUGAAGUCCAUUGUGUUGAAGAGAUUCUGAAGGAAAUGACCCAUUCAUGGCCUCCUCCUCUGACAGCAAUACAUACGCCUAGUACAGCUGAGCCAUCCAAAUUUCCUUUUCCCACAAAGGAUUCUCAGCACAUCAGUUCUACAACCCAAAACCAAAAACAAUAUGAUACAUCUUCAAAAACCCACCCCAAUUCUCAGCAAGGAACAUCCAUGCUUGAAGACGACCUUCAGCUCAGUGACAGUGAGGACAGUGACAGUGAACAGACCCCAGAGAAGCCUCCUUCCUCAACUGCACCUCCAAGUGCUCCACAGUCGCUUCCAGAGCCAGCGGCAUCAGCACAUUCCAGCAGCGCCGAGUCAGAGAGCACCAGCGACUCCGACAGCUCCUCAGACUCGGAGAGCGAGAGCAGUUCAAGUGACAGUGAGGAAAACGAGCCCCUAGAAACCCCGGCUCCGGAGCCUGAGCCUCCAUCAACAAACAAAUGGCAGCUGGACAACUGGCUGACCAAAGUCAACCAGCCAGCUGUGGCAGCAGAGGGCCCCACCAGCACCGAGGCCCCGCGCCGACGUCAGGAGAACAAGGGCAGCAGCGAUGGUGGUUCUGUGAGCCAGGAGCGUUCUGAAUCCAAAGAUCCUCCCCUAAAAAGCUCCAGCAAAGCUCCCCGGGUCCCUGCUGAAGGCCCCCACCUUGGAAAGAGAAGCUGUCAAAAGUCCCCUGCACAACAGGAGCCCCCUCAGAGGCAAACCGUUGGAACCAAACAGCCCAAAAAGCCCGUCAAGGCCCCUGCCCAGGCCGAUUCACAGGCCAGCUUGCAGGUGGAAAGCGAGCCCGGACCUCUUCCCUAUGGCUCAAAAGACCAGACUUCCAAAGACAAGCCCAAGGUGAAGACGAAAGGUAGGCCUCGAGCUGGAGGAAGCAGAGAGCCGAAGCCAGCAGCACCCAGCGCCAGUGAAAAGAAGAAGCACAAGAGCUCCCUCCCAGCCCCCGCCAAGGCACUCUCCGGCCCAGAGCCCACGAAGGACAGUGUGGAGGACAGGAGCCCGGAGCACUUUGCUCUCGUGCCCCUGACUCAGAGCCAGGGCCCACCCCACGGCGCUGGCAGCGGGACUAGUGGCUGCCGCCAAGCGGUGGUGGUCCAGGAGGACAGCCGCAAAGACAAACUCGCGUUGCCUUCGAGAGACACCAAGUUGCUCUCACCGCUCAGGGACACUCCUCCCCCGCAAAGCUUGAUGGUGAAGAUAGCCCUAGACCUUCUUUCUCGGGUACCCCAGCCACCUGGGAAGGGGACCCGCCAGAAGAAACCAGAAGAUAAACAGCCCCCAACAGGGAAGAAGCAGGAGUCUCAGAAGAGAAGCUCGGACAACUCUAACAAGUUGGCCAAGAAGAGAAAGGGUGAAGCAGAAAAAGACUAUGAUAAUAACAAAAAAAUCAGACUGGAGAAAGAAACCAAAUCACAGUCCACUUCAUCAUCAUCCUCUUCUUCCCACAAAGAAUCUUCUAAGACAAAAACACCCAGGCCCUCCUCAGACCCCUCGAAGAAGGAAAUGCUUCCUCCUCCACCCGUGUCCUCCUCCUCUUCGUCCUCCCAGAAGUCAGCCAAGCCUGCACAUAAGAGGUCAAAGCGGGAAGCAGACGGCUGUGGCCAGGACCCUCCCAAAAGUGCCAGUAGUACCAAGAGCAACCACAAAGACUCUUCCGUUCCCAAGCACAGAAAAGUAGAGGGGAAGGGCUGCGGAAGCUCCUCAGAGCACAAAGGAUCUUCCAGAGAUAGUGGAAAUCCAUUUCCAGUGCCUUCUUUGCCAAAUGGUAACUCUAAAUCAGGGAAGCCUCAAGUGAAGUUUGACAAACAACAAGCUGAUUUUCACAUGAGGGAGGCAAAAAAAUUGAAGCAGAAAGCAGAGUUAAUGACAGACAAGGUUGGAAAGGCUUUUAAGUACUUGGAAGCUGUCUUGUCCUUUAUUGAGUGUGGAAUCGCCAUGGAGUCUGAAAGCCCAGUGUCCAAGUCAGCUUAUUCUGUGUACUCAGAAACCGUAGAUCUCAUUAAAUUCAUAAUGUCAUUAAAAUCCUUCUCAGAUGCCACCACAUCAACACAAGAGAAAAUAUUUGCUGUUUUAUGCAUGCGUUGCCAGUCCAUUUUGAACAUGGCAAUGUUUCGUUGUAAAAAAGAUAUAGCAAUAAAGUAUUCUCGGACUCUUAAUGAACACUUCAUGAGUUCUUCCAGAGUUGCCCAGGCACCUUCUCCAUGCAUUGCAAGAAGCACAGGUGCACCAUCCCCUCUCUCCCCGAUGCCUUCUCCUGCCAGCUCCGUAGGGUCCCAGUCAAGUGCUGGCAGUGUGGGGAGCAGUGGGAUGGCCGCCACCAUCAGUACCCCCGUCACCAUCCAGAAUAUGACGUCCUCCUAUGUCACCAUCACCUCCCAUGUCCUCACUGCCUUUGACCUUUGGGAACAGGCUGAGGUCCUCACAAGGAAGAAUAAAGAAUUCUUUGCUCAGCUCAGCACAAAUGUGUGCGCCUUGGCCCUGAACAGCAGUUUGGCGGACCUGGUACAUUACACAAGACAGGGUUUUCAGCAGCUAAAAUAAGUAGCCAAACACAUUAAUGGAGCCUGAAGUUGAUUCAAUGCCUUCGGAACAUUUUUUGCACAUUGGGAAGCUUCAGAAACAGCCUGGACAUUUGUCUCAUCAGGACACCAAACUAGAAGAGAAGCAUCCUGAGAUGGCCAGGACAACUGUCCGUUAAAGCCACUGUGUUUAUGCAGAAGCCAAGAUGAGGCAGUCGACCCCAGAGAUGAUCUUGCCUUUUCCCACUGAAGGACAGAAGUGCAAUGCAGCCUAAGUGGGUGUAUGCAUGGUCUAGAAACAUUUCUUCUUCUUCUUCUUCUUUUUUUUUUUUUAAACCAGCAGGAUGCAAGUUGAAAAUGGAAUGAGAAGCAAUUUCAACUCUGAAAGCAAAUGCUUAUCAUCUCAGUAGCCACCUAGUCCAUUCCCAGAAGGAAAUUUUUUUAAACAAUUAUUUUGGGUGAAGGGUUUAGGGUUUUGUGGAUGAUUUCUUUUUUCUUUUACAUUUUUGGGGAAAAUAUUUGUUUAAUAAAUCACAACCAUCUGUAAACCGUUAAGUUGUGAAGGACUCCACUCUGCCCCACUUUCUGCCAAUGAGCAGUGGCUUUGAUAAUACCAAGUGUUGUCAUUUAUAAAAUUGAAGAUGACCCCCCCAUUCUCCCAUGUUGCCUAGAGUGCUGCACAUUCAGCCCAGUUCCGAUUUCCCUCCCCCUCUGCUGGAAGUCAGCCCAAGUCGGAGCAGUGGGGAGAGGCGCCACCAGCACCUGGGGAGAUCGCCACGGGGAGACUCGGACUGCCGCCCCCAGCCCCACUGCAGUGGAAGGGGCUGUCUGAUAAGGCAGUCACUGUUGACUGUAUUUUGAAUUACCUACCCUGGGGAAGAAGGGAACCAACAUUUAUACCUGACAAGAUGGCUAAAGUGCUUUUUAAUUUUUAAUGAGAGCUGGAAUUUGAGGUGCUGAUCUGUGGUCAACAGUUACAUGGUAACUCAUGUUGUCUAACCAGCUCAGUUCUGUCAGUGAACAAGAAACAUGAAAUCUACUUCUUAGAGAGGCUAUAUUUUUCUGCUACAAAUUUAUAUUUAUAGCUAAACUAGAUUUUCAGAGUCCUUGAUUGUCUAGGGGUAAUUAACUCCCUGAGAGGAUGUGGAGAUUUGGGAUGGUUAAUUAGACUUAAAAAAAAAAAAAUUAUAUAUAUCAUCACCACCUGCCUUCACUCAAGAGUGUUCUCAAUCAACUAGAUUGGCUAGGUUGAAGAAUUGUGGCCUUCCCAUAAGCUAUUGCCAUACUCUACAUUAAUUAAACCAAGUCCAUUUUGAAUGCCCUAAAAUGAAAGAACAUAUCAGGAUUGCCACAUCCAUAAGCACAGAUUUUCUUCUUCAUUGAAACUUUCAAGGUUGUUAUUAGAAACAUUUUGAGUGCAGUGUUUUAUUAAAAGUCAAUUCUUUUCAUCCCUUUUGGAAAGAAGUAGGAUUUGCACAUGUAUUAAAAUUAAGGAGGAGUAUCAUCUCUCUGACUGGUUCGUAUUUUCCCCCUUUACCACAUUCUGUCCCCUACAUGUCUCCUACCAAGCAUGUGUCACAUUUUCAUAUUUAUUUACUAGUGAAGAGGAGAGAGCCAUCCUUAUUUAUAACAAAGAUAUCUAAGAUCCCUGUGGUGAAUGUGAGAACUUUCUUGGUAGUUUGGCAAAUCUAUAAAGAGACAUGCGGGGUGGGAGCAGAGCCCAUCCAGGAUGCCCUGUGUGGAGCUGCUCUAACAGAGAGGUCUGCCCCUCACGUUCAAGGGGAAGCCAGGGAAGGACGCCACAGAAACACCUGAGCAUGAAACCUUCUGGUGUGAUUCUGAUGAACCGAUCCGAAUGCUGGGGUCUCCUCCUCAGACUACUACCUUAAAAACCUGUUGAAUGAACAGUAAUUGCCUGGUAGGCUGGAUGCCUGGCACCAUGUAUGGUGUAUGCAGGGGAGGGGACAAGGCACUGGAAUGAUCAUUUGGCAUUUUUUUCCUUACUGUUUUCACUGUCCCCUUCCCCUUUGUACCCUCCCUCCUUAAAACAAGCCACCUGUCUGUGCUCUUUAUGACAGGCGCUGACCUGCACAGACUGCCAGAGUGCAUGUCUCUCUUGGCAAGCCACAGCACUGCCUUGACUUGAGACGUUUCUCGGUAGAUUUCCAGCCAAUUCUAAAAGAACAGAUUGCUUUUUCAGUGGUCUUAUUCUUUGUGGGGUUUUACCCCCCCACCCCCGAACUCUACAUUAAGGUUAUAUUUGUCCUUUGAAAAACAAUUUGGUUUGUUUUUUUGAGACAGAGUCUAGCUCUGUUGCCAGGGUUAGAGUGCAGUGGUAUCAUCGCAGCUCACAGCAAUCUCAAACUCCUGAGCUCAAGCAAUCCUCUUGGUUCAGUCUCCUGGGUAGCUGGGACUACAGGCGCCUGCCACCACACCUGGCUAAUGUUUCCUGUUCUUUGUGGAGAAGGGGUUUUGCUCUUGCUCAGGCUGGUCUCAAACUUGGGCCCUCAAGUGAUCCUCCUACCUUGGCCUCCCAGGAUGCUAGGAUUACAGGUAUGUGCCACUGCGCCUGGCCAAAAAACUAACAAAUUUACAUAGAUCAGCUUCUAUUACUUUGGCCAUUAUAUAUUUCUGAUUCUUACUUUAAGCACUCAUUGUUCCUUAAAGAAUUCCUGAUGGCUACAUUUUUCAUAGUGUAGUUAAAAGGUAGUGGCUGAGCAAUCCUUAAUCUUCAUAGGGUCUUUUUGCCAUUAUGCUUGUAUAUAAGGAUCUAAAGGAUUUUUUAAUCAUUCACACUUCUCUGCUGCAUGCUUACAACUCUCAAAGGCAAAAUUUAUACCGAGGUAGAUUAUUUUGAAAGGACUAGAUUAUAAAAGUAAGCCUUUGAAUAUGUGAAGUUCCUUUAACAGUAAUAGCACAUAUUUCACAGUGAGACAAAUAUAAAACUUCUUAAAGAGUGAAAAAAGAGUAUAAAUCUUGCCUUUAGCGUAACUACAGUGUGGUGUGUGUGUGUGUGUGUCUUUAAUAGGAAAUGAAAGAACACUGUUUUACUUUCAAAAGUGCAGACUAUUUUUGUCCUUUCUAGAGAUAAUUAAAAUGUUAAUCAGUGAGCAUAAGAGGCCUGCUAAAUAGUGAAAAACACUUUACUGAAAUUGAUGGAAUUACACUGGGUAAAGACUGUGAAAACCCGGCCGCACAGUAGUGCCCGUGAAGGGGGUGGGGAUGUGGGGCCCAGCACACAGUUACGGAGAGUGGGAUUACAACUGGAAGGUCAUUUCUGUGACAUCAUGACUUGAUCACAGUGCCGAAGGGGAGAAGCACCUAAUAUUUUUUGACAAAGGACAUUUAUUUUAUGGAUCCUUUUUGAUCAAAGUGUAUACUGUUUCCCCUAGACAAAUCCGGACUGUAAUUCUCUCUCUCGUCCUCUGACCUUUAAUCCCAGAUCUCAGGAUGUUUAGAAAGCUAACAAACUCUACCCUUUUCUGGUUUGAAACUUGCCUUAAUUGGUACCUUUACAUGGUGAUACUAGGAAGAUCAGGAGCUUACUGUUGUAUAAUUGCAGUUCAGUAAUGUUUAGAAGCAAAUUUCCUCUACAAAACCGUUACCUCUGAUACACAAAGGGGUGUGUACGUGCACACACCUGUGCAGAGGAAAGGCUGACUGGAUGUAUUUGUGCCUUUGCCCAAACUCAGUUUUGAAUAAUGCUGUCCUUGUUUUGCCGGAGUGUCGAGUGAUGUUACAUGGUUUCUGCGCCUUUUUACCUCUGUGCUUUAUGAAGUUUGAGGUGCAUUUGUGCAUCUUUAGGUAAAUAAGGUUUAAGGUUGGACUUCUGGGGUUUUUUUAAACAUGUUUCAAAAAAAUCUCCCUGCCUCCUACUACAGAUUCUGCUUUUAUUAAUGAUUUAUUUUCCACUACAGAAAGCCUUUGAACAACUUUGCCAUUUCAUCUGUUGCCCUCUUCACCACUGAUUUUCAGUAUUUAAAUCUCGCAAGAAUAUUUCGGGGCUUCUUUUAGAUUUUCUCCCCGGGAAGUGAGAGUUGCGCGUCGUGGCUGUGCAGUGUUGUCAGAAGGAGUUACGGCAGUACUUGCUUUUUGCCAUUUUCUCUAGUAGGUUGCCUCUUGUUGUUCCACUUAGAAUUAAUGGAUGUAAGGUAUUUUCCUGUGCUUUUAUUUUUUCUCCUUUUUGGGGGGUGGUGGUGGUAAUAGUGACAGCUCAGCAUUGGGGAUAGGGUUGGGGUUCCUUCAAACAUUGUUAAGUGGUAUUUCCACCAUGUCAGCCCCAAACAUGCAGUCCCGUUGUGCUGGUUCCUCAGUGACUGAGAAUGCACAUCUCUGCCUCGGUCGUGAGCGCUGGCCAUGCUCUGUAGUUCUUAUUUAUGAUGAGUUGACACAUACCACUUGCCACAUUUCUUUAGAUGGUUAUAAAUUUCUUGCUGUCUGGGGGAAAUCACACUGUUCCAUUGUGUGUCAGAUAUUGAAAGGUACUGUGUUAGAUGGGGAAGUGCCUCUACUUCUCUGCCUACGAGGGCAGCAGGGAGCCUACAGCUUUGUGGGCCUGUCGAGUAACACGUCGGCCUGGGAGAACGAGGGAGUGAGACCACUGACGGGGAGGCUGGCCAGGCGGCCCCCUUGGACGGGGCAGUGGCUGACUUAAGGAAGCCACCUUGCUCUGCUUCAAAGAAAAUAUUUAAGUGAUGCUUAACACAGGCAGUAUUAUUUUUGCCUUUUGUUCAGGCCAUCAAUUUGUACUGUUAAAGUUACUGCACAUCCCCCCGCAGAUACCAAGUACACACUGUCUGUGUUGGGGUGGGGUGUGUGCGUGGGUGUGUAUGCCUGUGCUCCAAAUCUUUAUGAUUCUUUUUCUUUCCUGAAUGUGAUGUUUUGAACGAUACCUGAGCAGGGUUGCCUUUUUUAUUUAUUGCCAUUAUAUAUUAUAUUAUAUUAUAUAUUUUUUGCUUUCUUAUAACUUUAGAGGAAAGUCAUAUCUUGGUAUUAUUAACAUUGUUUAAAAAAGGAAUAAAGUGUCCAGCUGAUAAAUGAAAAUCACUGGUCUAUCUUUAAAAUAAUGAGUUUUUCUUUGAUCACUGUGGAAUAAUGUGCCAGCUGUCGUCAACACAAUGACUUUGGAGGAGAGGGGCGGCGCUGCCCUCAGUGGGCAGAUGUGCACCGCACGGUAGUGGGGGGACUCUCUGUAUUUUAUUUACUUCAGCAAUGGAACUGCAACCUGGGGCUUUGUGAAUAAGGUUUAGCUGCCUUGUGUAGUCUUUUGAAAAAGACGUGAUCUGUGAGAAUUAUAGCUUUUUUUUUUUUAGAAGAAAAAUUUGCAAAAAAUGUUUCCAAAGACAAUGUGCCACAGAUCUUUUUUGUUGUUGUUCUCUGUAAUAAGGGUUAAUUGCUGUUUAAAAAAAAUGUAAUUGACUUGUUCAUCUUCAAAUUCUUUCUUUUUCACAAGAGGAUCAAGCUGUAAAAUAAAUAAAUAAAUAAAUAAAAAUUUAGAGAACUCA